AUGGAUGAAGCGACCCUUGUUGCAGAGUUGCUGGCCGAAAAGUUCAAUACUCAGGCUCAGACACCACAUCUCCAGCACUUGCAGCAAACACAGCAACCACAUUCCCAGAUAUUAACAGCAGCAACAACUACAACAGCGGCAUCGUAUUCCGACGUUGCAUAUCCACAGGCAACAGACACCAACGUAGCUGCCACCAGCCAUGGGGAAUUGUCAAGCGAACCUGUACAGGCUUACGCGAAAUUGGAGGGCGAAUCCUUUUGCUACUAUAUAAGAACCCUGCAGGUAACAUUUGGACGGAAAGCCAGCUCUUCCGACCAAGUCGACAUCCAUCUCGGCCCCACCAAGGCCAUCUCUCGCCAGCAUGCGCGUCUCUUUUAUAACUUCACAACCCAGCGCUUUGAGAUGAUGGUUUUCGGCAAGAACGGCGCCUUCGUUAACGAUCAGUUUGUGGAGAAGGGUGUUACAGUUCCCCUGGAGAACAGGACUAAGAUUCAGAUUGGAGAGGUUUCCUUUUCGUUCUUGCUACCAAAAAUCGAGCCAGACGAUACGACUCAGGACGCGACUUAUGAACAAGGAAUACCUCAGCGGAAUAGCGGGAAUUUUAGCAUCGAUGGUGGCGAUGCCAGGUCAGCUGCAACUUCUGCCACAAAGGAAGCACUGGGUACGCCGACGGAGCAAUUUGACGUGUCCGAGUACUCGUCCAAGGACACCAAACCACCAUUCUCGUAUGCCUCGCUUAUUGCGCAGGCCAUCAAUUCGACUCCUUCCAGAAAGCUGACCCUGAACGGAAUCUACCAGCACAUCACAAACAACUAUCCAUACUAUCAGCUGGCACAGAAUGGCUGGCAGAACUCGAUUCGUCAUAACUUGUCGUUAAACAAGGCAUUUGUCAAAGUACCACGGUCUGAUAGUGAACCAGGCAAGGGCGCAUUCUGGACAAUUGAUCAAAGUUGCGAAAACCAAUUUGCAAACGGAGUGUAUAAGCGGAAUCGGCGAGCCAUGUCUUCUAAGCCCAACACUGGGGUACGAAAUAGAUCUGAUUCAGAAUCACCCAUGGAUCAGGCUGAUAGACCAAGGAAGCGCGUCAACACGGGUCUGGAAGGCGAUUCCCACCAAUCACAACAGCAAUCACAAGCCCUAACUACACAACAAAUACCAUCGCCUCAGACGUCAAAUCCUGUAGUCGGUGUAUCUCCCAUGAACCUCGCUAACCCACUCCAGGAGGCUCCUGGGCUGUCGGCGCUGAACCUAGCUGCACUCACUCAAACAAUAACGGCUGCAGCAAAGGAAGGAAAUCAAGCCGCACUGGCAUCCGCCUUGAUUGCAGCAGCAAAUGCAAGCGGCAUUCCAGGAGGGCUAGCGGCAUCGUUGCCUGCGACAGCAAGGGCGCUGGCAGCCCAUGUACAACAGCAGCAGCUCCUUUUACAGCAGCAACAGCAAGCUCAAGCGCAGGCACGUGCGCAGGCUCAGGCACAAGUCUCAGCGCAAUCACAGCAAACGACAAUAAUAUCGGCUGCCAGCAGUCCCCAGACCUUAGUGUCAUCAGCCGUCUCUGCUCAGCUGCUCUCCAAUCUUCAAGCCGUGGCCACAGCUACAACUGCCGCCCGCCCGGCAGCCUCCUCAUCUGCAGCAUCAUCCGCUUCAGCGACCGCGUCGACAGCACCUUCUAGUCCAACAUCGUUUAUACCCAUCUCGGCAGCAUCUGUUGCAGGCACCCUUUCUUUAUCUGAACCAUCGUCACUACUAUCUGCCUUACCCAGCGCUGCGGCCUCAUCGUCACCAUCUAAUGCUACGAGUACCCCUACGAUAACUUCGAGUUCUGCAGCAGGAGAUACCUCUACUGCACACUCUCCAAUAGCCCAGUUAGUGGCGGCCGCACAAGCGCAGGCCAGAGCACAGGCAUUAGCCCAACAGCAGCAACAGCAAUUACAGCAACAGGAAGAAGGCCAAGUACAGACCUCUUCUGGUCUCAAAUCCCCGGUGGUAUCUCACGAAGCAGCGUCAAACCCAUUGCAGGCAACAGCAGCGGAUGCAGUAGUACCGACAUCUUCAUCCCCGGCCACUGUGCGUCCAAGCAGGACAAGCACUGCGUCUCAAUCAGAUUUUGAAACUGCAAACGGAAUCUCAGCAACAACAGAUAUAACGGACUCAUAG